AUGACUGAAGUGGCUGAAGCUCCUCGUGACGCCGACAUAUCGAACUACAGCGUCACUCUGACAGGCUUCGUCCCCUCGGCCAAAAGCCGCUAUGCACGGAUGAACUUCGAAGUGUUGGCGACCAUUCGUCCCUUCAUCGACUUUAGUACUCAUGCCACCUUCUUGUCCGUCUCUACGACCUCAUUCUCCCCGGAAUUCCGAUGGUUUAUCUUCUGCUUCAACUGGGGGCAGCCCAUCACCCCCGACGGAGGCAAUGCCGCCCAGCCCGACGAGCUCGAGACCGUCCACGGAGGCAUAAUCUUGUUUUCCAAUGAAUGCCAGUUCUGGAAUGGGCUAAUUGCCAGAGCUGCCCACUACAUACAGCGUUACCCGGAGAAGUUCCAGGGUGCAAAGGAAGCAUAUCUCGUCAGGCUGGUGACCACAACCAGCUGUGUCAGUACCUUAAUCAAAGAACGAGCACAAUUGGCCUCGAGUGGCCUCGGCGCUUCCCUGUUCUCGACACACCACGGCGGCGCUCCAGGCAUCUCGUGCAUCGAGUCUCGAUGGCCGCUCACCCUCUACCCCGAGCCACUCCGGAACGAGCGCGAGGACCGUUCACGACCCUGGUGCAAGGCGACUCAGGAUGCGGAUGCGGCCAGGCCUAGGAUUGGAAAAGAGAAGGAGCACCCGUACCGCUGUGACGGGUCUGUACCGAGGCGGGUAAGGGUACAGGUCGAUGGGACUCCGGUCAACGGAGAGGAUUUCUGGCACACGGUGCGCAUCAGCAAAUCAGGCAACUUCUGA